AUUAUGGAGAUGGAGAUGGAGAUGAGAGCCAUGGAAGACAUUGAAUUAGGCCAAGACAUAACCCAAACACUAGCCCCUCUCACUUUCUCUCUCCACAAUUCUCAUAUCCACACUCACUGCUCUGCUUGUUUCUCUCUCCUAUCUUCAACUUCUGUUUCCAAUCUCAAUCUCAAUCCCAAUCCUCUUUCACCCUUCUACUGUUCCCCUCCAUGCUCCGCCGCCCAUUCCUCCCUCCACAUCUCCUCCGCCGAGCGCCACCUCCCUCCUUCCGCCGACUCCUGCGACCUCCGUGCCGCCCUCCGCCUCCUCAGCAACCACCGUCCCGCCGCAUCGGGUCGGGUCGCCGGGUUACUCUCCAACCGCCAAGAGCUGACGUGUCAAAAUCCCUCCCACGACGACGACACCGUUUUGGAGGUCUUUGAGAAAAUCAGGGUCGGCGCCAGUGCCAUGGCUGCAGCGAUAGCGAAGCAGCGUGGCUGCAAAAACGACGACGCCGUUUUAGAGGAAGCGACGGUUGCUCUCUGCGCGGUGCUAACGAACGCCGUGGAGGUGCAGGAUAACGAAGGGCGCACCCUUGGGAUCGCGGUUUUCGACACCACCUUCUCUUGGAUUAACCAUAGUUGUUCCCCCAACGCAUGCUACCGCUUCACACUCUCUUCUUCUUCUUCGUCUUCGCCUUCUGAGAAACACAAACUUCUCAUAGGCCCAUUCACUCGCCAUUCUCAACAACCACUAAUAGAUAGCGGGGUUUGUGGCAGUAGCAGUAGUGAACUUGCAAAAGAAGGGGAGCUGGGCUAUGGUCCAAGAUUGAUUGUGAGGAGUAUCAAGAGAAUAAAGAGGGGAGAAGAGGUCACUGUAGCAUAUACUGAUCUCUUGCAACCUAAGGCAUUGAGACAAUUGGAGCUAUGGUCAAAGUAUCGGUUUAUUUGUUAUUGCAAACGAUGUAGUCCUCUGCACUUCACAUAUGUGGAUCGUGCAUUGCAAGUAAGACUUUAAAAUUGAUAUUAUAUUUAGAUCAGUC